GAAGCUUUAGAAGCUCGACAGUGUGAGACCCUUCAAAGUUGAUUUCUCUUACAUAUGUUAAAGCUUAGUGCAUUUAAUCAUCAUUCGAUUAAAAACAUAUAAUUCUGAAAAAUUUGUUAACUUAUCUUAUGGAAUAAUAACAGAAAUUUUGUAAAAAAAAAUCUAAAAAUGUUGUAUGUAAAUAUUUACCCAGACUGAUCUGAGUUCUGAAAAUAUGCAAACAUUUAAAAAUUGGGUCAGAUAUUCUACAUAACUUAUGUCCGAUAAAAGAAUGUUUUUAGUUACAAUAAAUUUCUGUGACAAUAAGUGAAAAUAAUGAAGACUUAAUGUUCAAAUCAGCCAAACAGAUCAUGCAUUUGGUAAAUCAUUGGAUUUGUAAAAAAAGCUAAGAUGACUAGUAGUGUCGCCGAAGUAGCGACCAUUUUCCACCCACGUCGAUCUCGUGCUCCAAGUAUCAUUCACAAUGAUGAUCACACGAAUCAUGGUGUUUACACUAGCCCUGGUCAUGUUGUCGUGGAUACUUCAGGUGGGUGUGAACAAGGCUGCAGUACUCUUGGAGGAUGUGGAGACUCUGCAUCAAGCUGUAGGUCACUUGAAACUGGUGGCAGUUGUGACGGCAGUAGGGCAGGAUUUCGUGACUCCGGAGGGGGUGGAGGCUGUACUGGUGGUCAAGGACAAAAUCAAGCUACCUGUUAUUCUGGAGGUUCUACUGUUAGUUAUCAAACUAGGCGACAUUCUCUAACACGUUGUUAUGCCUCUUGUUGUGCUGAGUCUGCAAAAAAGAUUUACUUUGGCGUAUGCGUUACUGUAUGUGUGACUGCCAGCUGGGUUGGAGCUACUCAUUGUAUUAAAUAUUUAUACUUCCACAAACCAGAUAUUGCGAGCUUAGAGAGCUUUAAUGGUAAUUCUACCACUGGACUUCACCACCAAUCUAUUGUUCUACCUUAUAAUGCUCCAUUUUUUACUACGUGGUUUUGUACUAACUGGGCAAUAUUUUAUUUUCCAAUAUAUUUUAUCUGUCGAGUUGCUAAAAGUAAAUGUAUAAGUCCCUCGGAGGUGAUUGCUGAAAGUUUACGAGGCUUUCGAGAUAAAGGUUUAACUGGUGGUCGUUUUCUAACACGAUGUAGCUUCUUCUGUGGACUUUGGGUGGCAACUAAUUAUAUGUACAUUCAUUCUCUUCGGAUACUACUUGCCACAGAUGUUAUGGCACUAUUUGCAACUAAUGUAUCUUGUGUUUACCUUCUAUCUUGGGUUAUAUUACAUGAACAAUUUGUGGGCGUGAGGAUAGUUGCUGUAAUUCUGUGCGACACUGGUGUUGCAUUGUUGGCAUAUAUGGAUGGAAUUACUGGAAGUCCUACUUUAGGCGGGGUUGUAUUAGCUACUUCAGCUGCUGCAGGUUCAGCAGUAUAUAAGGUUCUUUUUAAAAAAGUCAUAGGAGAAACUACGUUUGGUCAAGUUUCAAUAUUUUUUUCACUCAUUGGUUUAUGUAACGCAGCUCUUUUGUGGCCUGUUUGUUUAGCUCUAUACUUUUCUGGUGUAGAAUACAUUUAUUGGGCUAGAUUACCAUGGGCUGCACUUUUAUCUGCGAGCAUACUUCAUUUAGUGGCAAACAUGUUGGGUAACUUUAGUAUUGCAUUAACUUAUGAUUUAUUUAUUACUCUGGGACUCAUCACAGCUGUGCCAGUAUCAGCUGCUCUUGAUGUCGUUCUCUAUGGUGCUCACUUUGUAGGGAUGAAACUGGCAGGAAUGAUCUUAAUUGCAGUAGGAUUUUUCCUCGUUAUGUUUCCUGAUAACUGGCCUGAUUAUUUUACUCGACUACUUCGUACAAAUCCACAACAACGUGGGGUUGGAAAAGUUGGAAUGAAUAGGAGCCGCAGACAAUCAUUUCAACAACGGCAUUUCCGUCGCAACUAUGGUGUAUCUUCGUCUCAAGGUGAUGGACAAACCCUUCUUCCAAACUCCGCAAACAAUCAGACCACUUUGCCUCAACGGCAUAACGCCGUGUCCUCAUCCUCUGAAACCCCGCAUCGUGUUCCUAUCUCAACCUCAACCACUACCAACAACCAUCGUUCGCACAUCGUCCCACAAACUCAACAAGAUGGAGUCGGAGACACAGGCACGGGAUGCCAGGCGGUGCAUCCCGCGACGUAAUCGACUACCGAACUGGUUAUAUAAAAUCUCAUUUACGUUCACCCUCUGGAAGAGUUCGGUGACUAUUUUUAAACCAACGGAAAAGCUCUAAACAUAUGAUUAUUAUCAAUGAUGUAAAAUCCAAGUAUGAGACGAUUGAAUCAAAGUAAAUUAUAUGUUCAAAUUUGUUGAAAAAAGAAUUCACAAAUUUACAAUGACAUUUGUUAAAAGAUAUUAAAUAAUUUUGAAAUUAAUCGAAAAAUCAAUUGACAAUUAACAACUCUAAUACAUUUAAUUAAAUUGUUCAAUGAUUAUUGUUGAUAUUCAUAUACCUGUUAGAAUCAAAAAAGAAAGUAUUUUUUAGUGGUUCAAUAUCUUUGAAACUUGAAUUAAAUAAUAUGUCAUCUUUUAAUUGUCAAUUAUUCUGUGGAAAGACUUUUGGUGAAAAAUUACUAUAAAGAGCAGAAUCAUUAAGGAAUGUCGUAAAAUUGGCUCAAUAAAUUUAAUUUUUUAUCGAAAUAUUAUUUUCAACAUUAAUUUACUUUUUAUUAAAUACUCAAUAGUAAUUUUCUAUCGAAAGUCUUCUCAUACAUUUUAUUUCUAUAAAAUAAUGAAAAUUGUUCACAUGUACUAAAUGUAAACAUAAAUUAUUCUGCUGUUAUGUCAGUCUUACUAGAGAUCACUAAAAUUUCAUGUAUACACUUCACUUUCAUACUUACAAUGUUUAGAGUAUAUUGUUAUAUACAACAAGAAAUUAAAAUUUAAUUUUGGAAUUAAGAAAAACUGUGA